CGGCGCCGCGGCCCCGGCCCUUAGCAACGGGACUAGCGACGGUCUCCAGCGGCUGCCGCCCUGCGCGGGCUCCUGCGCGCCAGUCCCCUGCUGCGGGGGCUGACCCUGCCCGGGGAAGGACCUAAGGGGGUCCGGCGUGUCCUCACGGCGGCUGCAAGAGGAUCUAAGCAUGAAUGGCAGCCGGAGAGGUUACCCCUCAAUACAUAAUCUACUUUUGGAGGAAAUAAAUUAAUUUUGUGAGGAGGUUUAUGUCUAAUUUUCCAUCCAUCUGGUCUGAAAGAUGAGACACUGACUUUAGGGGAGAUAGGAUCCAGACAAGAGUGUAAUCAGAGCAACCUCUGUCCUUCCCAGAUAUGGUUCACCAUGCCUAUUUAAAGGACACUUGAGCACCAAAAGUAAUGCUUUUUGCACUGACUCCUCCUCUCUCAGACUAAGUACUCUCCACCUGGUCAAGAAUCACAUGGCUGUUCACUAUAAUAAAAUCCUUUCAGCCAAAGCUGCCGUAGACUGCUCAGUUCCAUUAAGCAUGAGUGCCAGCAUCAAAUAUGCAGACCAACAACGAAGAGAGAAACUCAAAAAGGAAUUGGCACGAUGUGAAAAGGAGUUGAAAUUAAAUAAGACAGCAGUGCCGGCCAAUUCUAAAAAUAAUUCCAAGUCAUUAUUUACCACUCUACAAAAGCCUUCAGGAGAACCACAAGAUGAAGACGUGUUAAUCGGAGAAGUGAAUGGAUUUCCAUCCUUCACAAGGUCACCAGUAACUUCUUCAGAGAGACUGCAGUUGAAUCUACCUAAAUCUGAUAAAGUCCUCACAAAUGGUACUGAGAAGAACUCCGGUUCCCCCGUGUUCAAUGUGGACUACACCCCCUCUGGGCCUAGGAAACCAUGCUCUGGAACUCCGUACGGCAGAGGGCCCAGGAGCACACGCCCAAAUACCCAUCGGUUUCAGUUAGUUAUUUCAAAAGCACCGAGUGGGGACCUUUUGGAUAAACACUCUGAGCUCUUUUCCAACAGACAGUUGCCAUUCACUCCACGCACUUUAAAAACAGAAGCAAAAUCUUUCCUGUCACAUUACCGAUAUUAUACGCCUGCCAAAAGAAAAAAGGAGUUUACAGAUCAGCGGAUAGAAGCGGAAACCCAGACUGAUUUAAGCAGCUUUAAAUCUGAUUUUGAGGCAUUUGAGACCAAGAACUUCACAGAUUCAGAAAAGAACAUAAAGCAGGCAUCUAAUUGUAUGACAUAUGAUACCAAAGGAAAAAUAACUCCUUUACCCUUACAAGGGCAUGACUUACCAUGGGAUGAGAUUAAAGGUGGAACUUUCCAGUGUUCCUCACCAAGGGCAGUAUGUCAGUAUUCUUUGCAGUUUCCUCCAGAGAGAAAACUCCACUCUGAUGAGGAAGAACUGUUGUAUCUGAGUUUCAUUGAAGAUGUAACAGAUGAAAUUCUGAAACUUGGUUUAUUUUCAAACAGGUUUUUAGAACGACUAUUUGAGCAACACAUAAAACAAAAUAAACAUCAUUUGGAGGAGGGAAAAAUGCGCCACCUGCUGCGUAUCCUGAAGGUGGACUUAGGCUGCACAUCCAAGGAAAACUUAGUAAAGCUGGAUGAUGUCGAUAUGCUGAAUUUACUGGAUUUUGAACAGGCUGAGGACUCAGAAGAAAACGAUCAUAAAAGUAACCACGAUGCCACAAUUCAACAGGAGCGUCAGCAAUACCAAAAAGCUUUGGAUAUGUUACUAUCCGUACCGAAGGGUGAGAACGAGAAACUCUCCUCACCGGAUGAAUUUUUCCUGCCCGUCUACAAAUCGAAGUAUUCAGAAGGGGUUAUAAUUCAGCAAGUGAAUGAUGAAGCAAAUCCCGGACCUUCAAUUUCAGAUGAAAAAAAUUCAAGUGUCUCAGACAGUUUAACAGACCAAGAAACCUCUGUGAAUGUCAUUGAAGGCGACAGUGACACUGAAAAGGUGGAGACCUCGAAUGAAUUAUGUUGUCUGAGCCCGGAACUCUCCCCGUCCCUUCAGCUUCACGGUGUCCAAGGUGACAACAUUCGUGACAUGGAAGGACCAACUCUUAAAAUCAUGGAAAUGAGCAUUGAGGAUUGCCCUUUGGAUAUUUGAUCUUCAUUAAUAAAUAUCCCAAAUGACCAAUCA